AUGUCGUCGACAAGAAACAAGCGGAAACGGACGGAAACUGAUGCACGAUCCGAAGGGAGACCAAAAUCACGCGAACAGCGCGACACAGCUUUGGGACAGGAAAAAAAAUUGGAGGCUGCUGACACUGCAGCAAAUGCUUCCAAGACAAAUCCAGGAAAUAACAACCAGGUUGAUUCCAUUCUUGGUGCCGUUGCUACUCGCUAUCAGCAGGCUAUUGCACAGGAUGCGUCAGUGAAAGAGCGAGACGCUGCUACUGGAGAUAGUUCUCUACCAAUACCUAAUAGCAACAGCAACGACAGGCACAAAGGACCUUUGUCUCAAAAUCUCUCUUCGGCAACGAAGCCACUGUAUUCUCGGGAAAAGGGACCCGCUUGUGAUCCCUCGGAUGGUGGACUCGCACACGAAACAAAUAGAUCGGUAAGGCUGCAAGGGUUGAUUACUCACAGAUCAUCCUUGCGCCGACGAAUUCGAUUUUGUGCUGCGGUGGCAAGCGAACGACUACAACAUGAAAGUGAGGAAAGUAGCUAUUCAAAGUUUGAAUUAUCAGCACAAAAAGGCGGGGAUAUGGAUGAAGUUUCUCUGUUUGUGCAAAUGACAAAUUCAGCAACUCUUGCAGCCAAACGAAUUCGAGCUGACAACGAUGCGAACAGUGACAGGAGAACUUCACUUUCGCUACGACGAGGAUCAAGUGUCGGAAAGCGAAUGAAUGCUGCACUGUCUUCAUUGGCACCAGGAUCGUCCUCAAAUCAUUCUUCUUCAAACUUCGCAACGGUUGAAAGCAAUACAAAAGUCCCCAUGAACGAAAAAGAGCAAGAUUUAGUCCAGAUUAACAUGAUUGAAAAUCAUCCACAAGUGCGCUUGACUUCGUCGGUUCAACAAACUCUCCCGUCGUCCAACGGUCUUGUUCAGCAUGCAAACAAUCCUGAUAACUACAGCCACCGCAUUCUAAUUCCAAGUCAACUGAAGCAGUCAAAACAGGAUCAACCUGACAAACCCGAGGCAAACUCGAUAGAUGGGAAUAGCAGUGAUAACAAAGGACCUGAAUUGAGUUCAAAAAUUUCCAACGGUCAGGAGUCAAACAAUUGGCAGUCUUCGUCUACCAAUUCUGACCGAUUGGCUCUACCCCUGCAUUUGCGGGUAAGUAGCGAGUCACUCCCUCAAAAUAGACUCACAGGACGAGACAUGUUUUCCACGAAAUUCUCUGCCCUUCGUAAACAAUGUGAUGCAAUCGAAGCCAGGCUUUCCCCCUACAGGGAACAAACUCAACAAAAUGCGUUGAUUCUACCGACGGAAAAAAUAUCCAUGAAAAAUCGAUUGUUGUCCCAACGCAAAACUGUUUCGCUUCCAAGCAGAAAAUUGACUCAUUGGGAUGUGCUACUUCAGGAAAUGAAUUGGAUGGCGACCGAUUUCAUUGAGGAACGGAAAUGGAAGGAAUCCGUCUCACGGAAUAUAUCAUCUGCAAUUUCAAGCCCGUCAGAAAAGUUCCCGAAUUCAACUCGAUCACCGGAUGAUGGCAACGAAAAACGACGCGAAGCGAGUUCUCGAGAUGUCGCGCAAAGUUUACACAAAGAUACUCAAUCUGACAAUGGAACUGAAAAUACACUGGAGAGUGUGUCCACAUGUUCAAAGCUGAAGGAGAUUUCCACACAGACGUAUCCACGAAACAGCCAGGAAGGCGAUAAAGCAACUAGGAAGGUGGGAAAUAGUAUUGCUCUGUUGAUAACAACACUAGGAACUGCAGUGAUGGACACAAUUGACAAGCAGGACUUCGAACACAAAAAAGACUCCGACUGUAACCACCAGAAUACCCGGAGUCUUAGUGGUAUUUCGAGGCGCAAAGGUCGGUUGCGACGAUUGUUGCCAAAAAAUGGCAGCUCAAUUUCUUGUGGCUUUCGAGCCACUCUUUACGGUCAGAAGUCGUUUUCAUUCCUUGAAAUCUCAGGUUUUGUUGAUUCUUUUGCCAAGAUGAAGGGGCACCAAAAUGAUAGUAUUUUCCAGAGUUUUUCAUCGAAUUCUGACUCACACCUCAAGAUGAGUUUGUCAAGAGAGCAAAAAUAUGUCGUAGAUCGCGUUUUGAGCGUGUGGAACCAGCCCACCAAGCCUGGAAUUGCUUUAAGGGGCGGACUAUGUUGUGGGAAAACACAUACUGCUUCUGUUUUGAUGUGGCAGAGACGAAAGCGAGGCCCGCAAUUACUUAUUUGCCCAACGAAUUCCAUGAUAAAAUGGAAAUUUGCAAUUGAGAGAUUGGGCGAUAUCCGAGUUUUGAUUUACAAUCUCUCUGCGGCCUUGAGUGGGGACCUUUCAGCAGAGGGUGAAGUCUUGUGUAAAGCGAGUGACAUCAUUUUAUGCGAAUUCGAAUUACUCGAUGAUCCUACACUGGGAACGACAGGGACCAGCGAUUUGGGGGUAUUUGCUGGUUCUGCAUAUCUUUUAUCGGUUCCUUGGUGGGACAAGUUGAUUGAUCUAUCCCUCCAAUCAAAUGCAGCUAUAUUACUGAUUGAGCACAGUGCUGAGAAUCAUUGGUUGCACAACCUUUCAAAGAUGCCAAGAAGAACCAAGUUGGAAAUCGUUGCGUCACGAGCAGCACUGCUGAUAGGGCCACGCCUUUUUCUCUGUGACGUGGAAAGGAUGCAGCGGCGUGUAUUUUCUUGGGCACGACAACAUGGGAAGAUUAAAGGAAGGCGUAAAUCAGCGUCUGCACAAGAGGUUCUUGAGGAGGCGACAGCGUGUUUAGUCAUUUCUCUAAAGUCUUCUGACUGGACAAAGGAGAAGACCGGCUGGGAACUGCGUCGAUGCAAAAUGGAAAAGUGCCAAAGAUCGAACUAUGAUGCAUGCUGCAUCGGAGUCCGAGGCGCUCUAAGUUGUGGUCUCGCCCCACUUGUCACACGAAGUCAUGAGUCCUUGUGCUCUGUUUCACAAUCCUUGAUGUUAUUACGACAACAGUGCAUUCAUGGCGAGGUGACGGGUCAACUAUGGAAUGAUUACACCCAUUUUACCAAAGGAAAACGUAGCUAUAACACGAUCUUGAAGCCCAUUGGCAUUGCAACAGAAAAUCCUGCACAGAUGGAUUCUGCUUUGGCCUUUAGGCUUAUCAAAGGUUCGGCAAAGUUGCGAGAGAUGAUUUCAAUCCUGAGGUUCGACUGUGGUGUAGCGCUUGCUGACAAGUUGCUAUUGGGAUGUAAUAUUUUGGAACAUACGGUGGAAUCAUCAGCAGAUAAACCGAGAAAAGUAGCCAUCUUUGCAACCUUGCCGAUUGCACGAAGGUUUGUAUCGUUACUUUUGAACGCAUUGGGAAUCCCGCAUGAGUUGGUGGAGCCAACAUGGUCAGAGUGCAUGAAAGAAUCGCCGCUAUCUUCGACAAAGGCUAGUACAUUUUCUUCGCACCACCAACGCAUGUUAGCUUGUUUAAACAGCAGCCGACGACGUGGGUCUGCUUUGCAUCCACCACUGGAGAUUGUUGUUGGAUGUCCUGCAUUCCUAUCUGGUUGGAAUCAGGGACUGGUGGUCGAGAAUUGCGACAGUGUAAUAUUGGUUGAUGACGAUUGGACAGGGAGGGGGGAGUGUGUAUUGAGUGCAUUAUUGUCAAGGAUACAAUCGCACAAUUUUCACCAAAGAAAGCACUGCAACUUUAUCCGUCUAAUCUGCGAAGAUACGAUUGAGGAGAAAUUGUUUUCCAGCGAUCCUUUUGAGCUUUCUUUUUUUGAGUCAACCCAUUGGCCAAGAGAUAAGUCCGGCUUUUUGACUGUUCCAGAGACAAUUUCGGAAGCAUUGCCACUCUACAAUAGUGCCUUAAGGUCGGAAAAACGGGGAUUUCCACUUUCCAGAGUCGUAAGGCUACGGCAUCAGCCGUUGUCUAAGACUUUGCUUCCCUCACGAACUAUACCAGCUGUACUGGACUCUACAUCAAAAAUCCUAUUCCUGCCAUUCACGCAAAUGGAUAGCAAAAAUGAUGAUUGCGAAAUGCAUGCUGAGCUUGCAUUGAUGCAAGUAUUGUGCCACGAAGAGUCGGUGGCUUCUUCCUACUGCAUUUCUUACUCAGAUUGGGAUCAAGCCGCGAGGGACAAGAAUAUGCAUAAUUCUCGACCGUCUCGUUGCCCAGCCAGCGUUACUCGACCCUUGAUCACAAAACGCCAUGAUUUCUUCAUUUUGUUAUAUCUUCAAAACCUGUUUGUUGCCAAUGAUCGCCGGUUCGAAUCAGCAUUUACUCAAGGCCUGAAGAAUAUGAAAAGUUCUUUGGACGAGUCCCGCCAUUCUGCAACUGUCUCAGCUUCGCGUUGUUCAACUGACAAGAAACCCAGCACAUCAAGAAAUGCUUUGUUUGGCUGUUUCCGGAUGAUGUCGAUCAAAAGUUUCAGCGGAUCACCUGUUUUGCAUUAUGCACCACUCCAAAUGCAAAACCAAGAGGUAGAAAUUGGGAGUCACGGAAAAACAAAAGAACUAUGCAAUCAAGAAUCAAUCGCUAUUAUCAAUCUGUCAAUUGCACCGCAGCCAUGUCACAAUUGCUACUCAAGAAUUUAUGCUACCAGUCAUGUUGGCAAUGGAGCAUUUGGUGGAUAUGAAGGCUCUGAACCAUUUCUGUUUUUCCCUCCGCUCCUGAAAGGAGAGAUACACAGUGGGGUGUUAGAACAUGGGCAAAUACCAACUUUGGAGGUCACUAAGCGCAAACGAGUUCCAAUUACACUUGUUGAGCUCCCAAACUCAAAGCGAGUGAGGCAGAUGGAGCCAUCAUCGUCUGCCAUUCCUCGGUUUGAAGAUGAUUCCAAUUCUAGGUUCAGUUCAAAAGCUGUAAAUAUUAACUUGUCAGCAGGAGAAUCAGUGAAGCUACAGCAGCACACAAUUUCUCACUAUCAUAACAGCUUGCCAAAGCCCCCAGCAACAACAGAGGUCUCAGACGGGCAUGUUCACAGCUUCGACGACAGAAUGCCUACUGCAAUAUCAACAUAUGUGACAAAUAGACUCGACAAAAGGAUUGUAUCAAGAGAACGUCACGUAUAUCCUGUUUACGAUAAUGCGUUUGAAACUUUUGAAAAUAGUCUUCAUCACACUUCAAGAAAAUCCCAGCCCUGCUUGGAUUCGGUCAUUCUUUUUGUAAAGAAUGCAGCUAUUCAAAAUACCGGACGGACUGAUAGGACACGUUAUGAUUCCAACCAUGCCAGGCAUUCUACAGAUUUGAAUGGAGUAGAAGUCUUUGCAAGCAGCGGGGCGGAGGAGGAAGAAAUGGGAAACAAGAAAAGGGGACAUAAAAAAAUGUCACAUCCUCAAGUUGCACAGCGGGUACCCCUAGUCGAAAGCAGUAAAGCAGGUCACACACACACAGUCCAAGCUUCAGAGGAAUUGAGGAAGCAUAGCCACAGACAUCGAUUGUAUGAUUUUUUUCACUCCCGAUCAACAAGUUCAGGCUUGAGUAUGUUCGAGUGUGUUCCUUACCAAGCGGUAGUGUGCCAAGUUGAAUCAAGAGUCACAAGGACUCUGGGAAACCAGGAAUUGCAUCUGGGGGUUGAACAAGAGGUGUUGGUCCCAUACCAGCAAGUUGAGAGUGAUGUAUCAAGCACACAAAAUGACAGAAAGCAUGCGGGCUGGGAGAUUGUUGGAGGUUCUUCGAAUCUCCCAGACACAAGAGAAGCGCUUUUGAUUGGUGCUCUGAAAAAAGGAAAAUCCUCAGUAAGGUCAAGUAUUUUUGGACCACAACGUGGAUUUUUGUCGUCGUUCAGGGGUAUGAAUGCUCCAUCUGUUCCAAAGCAUCAGUUGGGGAUAUCUCUGCCAAUGGGAGUCAAGGUAUCACAGGAGAGAGAGGAAGCAAGUCUUUCUGCUUGGUCACGGAAGGCGAACUCUGUGCUUUGUGAUGCGGUCAAAAGAUACGACCAAAACUGGGUUCUCAUUGCCAAAAUGAUGCAGAAGACUUUGAAGGUGGAGGUUGCAAAAGCCAAGUACUACAGAACAAGUGAGAUCUUGUGGUGGAAGUCGGCAGAAAACUGCCAAAAGCAAUGGGAGAGUAUUUCUAGUGAAUCGAAUGACGCUGUCUGUCCUGAGGGCAAUGUGAGAUCCAUCAGGCAUAGUAGCUUCCGAAAAGCUCCACAAGAGACAUGGUGCCACAGCACGGGUUUACAAGAUUCCUCAGUCUUGGUCGGAAGAAAGUGCAUGAUGUCUGUUGAUCGGCAAAAAAGUGAGAAUGACUGUGAUGUGGCGGUGGAGCAACAAAGAAUCAAUGCAGACCAAACAGCUUUGCAAAGGCGAUCAAAUUCAGUCUUUUCAUCUUUGAUUACUUCCAACAUGCAACGACAAUUAAUGCCGAUCGCAAUCAUUAGUGUGGGAAAUGGGCCGAAUCAGAAUCAAACUGCACAUUCACACCCAUCUCACCUACAAUCAGUGCAAGAGUCUGCCACAUCUCAUUGGUCUGAUGGACGAACGGAACUAUGGCCUCUGCAGAUCAUUGAUGCUGCUGAAAAGCAACAUGUUGCAAGUAGAGCACUGAGUACUUCUGCCAAGCCCAGCAGCCAUUCACAUGUUUCUUCUUCAACAAGUCCUCCAGCUGGACGAGGGCAUUCAUACCCCAGAGUUCCUGGCAAUUCAGCGACUUCUUUACAAUCCGUGUCAAAGUUGCAGGCAUCACAGAUGAAUGGUCAUAAUACCUCCUGUCCUAGUAAUCUACCCCCAAAGACAAGCGUUUCACACAACAGUUUGGCACAAAGCCGGGGGAAAUCUAGCUCAAGGACAAAGUAG